AUGAGCAAAGACUGCUCGGACCACCUGCUCAGAGGAGAAGCGCGGAGCGGAGUGUACCUGGUGACCCCUGACCUCCGGGGCAGGAGCUUCCCGGUGUUCUGCGACAUGGAGCGGGAAGGCGGAGGCUGGACGGUGCUGCAGCGCCGCCAGGACGGCAGCGUGAGCUUCAACCGCACCUGGGCGGAGUACCAGACCGGCUUCGGGGAGCUGGACGGAGGGGAGUUCUGGCUGGGCAACAACCUGAUGCACCUGCUGACCCGGGACAGGGACAUGGCGCUGCGCGUGGAGCUGGAGGACUUUGAAGGGGUCACGGAGUUUGCGCAGUACGAGCAGUUCAGGGUGGCCAGCGAGCGGCUGCGCUACCGGCUGACGGUGGGAGGAUACUCGGGCACCGCAGGUGAUGCUCUCCGCUUCAACAAGAGGUACGACCACAACAACAGGGCCUUCACCACCCCGGACCGGGACCACGACCGCUAUCCUUCCGGGAACUGCGGGGUCUACUACAGCUCCGGCUGGUGGUUCGACGCCUGCAUGGCUGCAAACCUGAACGGGAGGUACUAUGUGGGGAGAUACAAGGGAGUCCGGGAUGGGAUCUUCUGGGGGACGUGGCACAACAUAUCCUCAGAGUAUUACCCCACUAAUGACAGACAGUCCUUUAAAUCAGUCCGGAUGAUGAUCAGACCAAAGGGCUUUGCACCGUGAGCUGUGACUCUGCUCCAGGGGUUUUCUUUAGAGAAGAAAACAAGCAUCAAAGGGCUAAAUUUCAACCAUAAGCUCCUAAAAUACUCCAUAAGGUCUAUUGCAAUUAUUUACCAGCUAUUAACACAAUGCUGCCGCCUUGUGGUGACGGAUUCUGCAAAUGCUGUCUUGUUUACAGGAUGAUAUGACAGAAAUUGAGGAUGUACAUAAUAGUUACAGAGGUCACAGUCCUGAUUGCAUCGUAACUUUUAUAACAUUUUAAUAUUAUAUCUUGAUAACAUUUUUUUGUGGAGAGAGGAAUUUGCCCAAUUAGGGGGUAAUCCUCCUGUGAAGAGUUAUUUUUUAUAUCAGUAAAGAUAGACUGAAUCUGACGGGUAUGCAGAAAUACAGAUGUGUGUGUUUUUUUUAUUGCAGUACUGGAAGGCCAGUUUGGUUGUUGAUUGAGGCUGUUUGGGAUGUUUUAGAAUUGCCUACGUCUCUUUUUGUUAAAAUAAAUAAAAUUAAUUUACACAAAA